AUGGAGCGUUCAGAGCAGCAGGGCUGCCAUGAGGACCGUCCAGCCGGCUGUGAGACGGACGGUCCUGUGCUCAAGGCAGCUGGCACCAGGGAAGCCGAAAAUUCUUCAGAGCAGUGCAAAUGCCCACUGGCCAAGCCUGAGAGGCCCCAGCCUCCUAACCUAGAAAUGGAAGGAGGAAAGGGGUGCAGGCAGAUGACCUACUCUGAAGACCUGCCCCAGGUCUCCGUGGUCUUCAUCUUUGUCAAUGAGGCCCUCUCAGUCAUCUUGCGGUCGGUGCACAGUGUAGUCAACCACACACCUUCCCAGCUCCUGAAGGAGGUCAUUCUGGUGGACGACAACAGUGACAAUGUUGAGCUCAAGUUCAGCCUGGACCAGUACGUCCACAAGAGAUACCCGGGCCUCGUGAAAGUCGUGCGUAACAGCCGGCGUGAAGGCUUGAUCCGGGCCCGGCUGCAGGGCUGGAAGGUGGCCACGGCCCCCGUUGUUGGCUUCUUUGAUGCCCACGUGGAGUUCAACACAGGCUGGGCUGAGCCUGCCCUCACACGGAUCCAGGAGGACAGACGGCGGAUCAUCCUGCCGGCCAUCGACAACAUCAAGUACAACACGUUCGAGGUGCAGCAGUAUAGCAGCGCUGCCCACGGCUACAACUGGGGCCUGUGGUGCAUGUACAUCACCCCGCCCCAGGACUGGCUGGACCGCGGGGACGAGUCGGCGCCCAUCAGGACGCCCGCCAUGAUUGGCUGCUCCUUCGUGGUGGACCGGGGAUACUUUGGGGACAUCGGCCUGCUGGACCCGGGCAUGGAGGUGUAUGGUGCAGAGAACAUCGAACUGGGGAUGAGGGUGUGGCAAUGUGGCGGCAGCAUGGAGGUGCUGCCCUGUUCCCGUGUGGCCCACAUCGAGCGCACAAAGAAGCCGUACAACAACGACAUCGACUAUUACGCCAAGCGCAACGCCCUGCGGGCGGCCGAGGUGUGGAUGGACGACUUCAAGUCCCACGUCUACAUGGCUUGGAAUAUCCCGUCACACCACCCAGGGUGGACUUUGGGGGACGUGUCCGAGAGGCUGGCCCUGCGCCAGAGGCUGAAGUGCCGAAGCUUCAUGGUACUAGAGAACGUGUACCCCGAGAUGAGGGUCUACAACAACACCCUCACGUACGGAAGAGUCAGAAACAGCAAAGCCAGUGGCUACUGUUUGGACCAAGGGGCAGAAGACGACGACCGGGCCAUCCUCUACCCCUGCCAUGGAAUGUCCUCCCAGCUGGUGAGGUACAGCGCCGAUGGCCUCCUGCAGCUGGGCCCCCUGGGCUCCACUGCCUUCCUGCCUGACUCCAAGUGUCUGGUGGACGAUGGCCGGGGUCGCACGCCCACCCUGAAGAAGUGUGAAGAUGUGGCCAGGCCAGCACAGCGGCUGUGGGACUUCACCCAGAGUGGCCCCAUUGUGAGCAGAGACACAGGCCGGUGCCUGGAGGUGGAAAUGUCCAAAGACGCCAAUUUCGGGCUGCGGCUGGUGGUGCAGCGGUGCUCGGGGCAGAAGUGGACGAUCAGAAACUGGAUCAAACACGGGCGGCACUGA